CGACUCCCGACCAUGAGUGGCCCGCGGCUGCCACUCGAGCUUCUCGGCCUCAUAGUGGAGCACCUCCCGGACCGUGCCUGCCUACAGAACUGUGCGCUUGCCGCGUCCGUAUUCGUCCACGCCUGCCAAAAGCGGCUGCACAACCAAUUGUCGUUCACGACGUCGAGCGACAAAGACGACGCCCGUGAGGCCAGCCAAGCGAUGCCCGAGCUACAACCGGUAUAUACCUAUGUGGAAGCGGGGCGCCAUUUAGCGGCAACGCCCCAUCUUGCGCGCUAUGUCCUGAGGGUCAACAUCCUCCUGGCGUCCGAGGAAGGGGACGACCCAGCGGACGCGGAAGAGCUGGUGACAGCGAUCUUCAAAGGAUUGAUGCGGGUCACACGAUGCGCACUCUUCGGGGCGGAUGGGAUCAUGUGGGGAACUGUGAGCAGCGCAGUGCGGAGUUCGUUGCUCGAAUGGCUUUUGGCGCAGGCGACGCUGGUGCAGAUCAUGCUAUCGCGCAUUGCGGAGCUAUCCAAGGCGGCGCUACUUGUGCUCCUCAUCUCCAGCCCGACUUUUCAUGUCAUCGAAGUCAGUCUCAGCGUCGACCCCGAACCGGGGACCGAGAGUGCAGAAGAGGAGGCGGAGUGGAUUCGGCGGGUGAACGAAAGGGAAUGGCAGCUCAUUAUUCGGGAGCUGCGCAUCGCGUAUGCUUCAAGUGCAGAGGACGUACUGCAGCAGUCUGAAUUCACAGAACACCUCAACCAGCUCCACAUGCUAGAGACGAGAGCGACGCCGAUGAACCUGAGCACACUGUGUUACCCAUCGGCAGCAACACUCACCAUGCUCCAGUUGAACUGCGUCUGGUUAACAGACGCAGCUCCCGUAGCGCUCCCCGCCCGCCUUCCCCAGCUCCGCGCUCUCCAACUAACCAUCGGAUUGUACCAUCUCUAUAGGCCGACAAACAACCCAUCUGUGGCCCCCCAGUCCCAAGUCCUUCCGCGCCUCCUGCGCGCCGUCGCAGCGGAUGAAGCAUGCCCCAAACUUUCGGAAAUCACCCUCGUCGUUCUGCUGGGGCCGCAGUCCGCGCUCCCGCUGGCGCCGCUCUCUGACGACAUAAUGCACCCGCUCGACGACGCGCUGCAGGCACUCACGUCACUGAGCAUGCUGCGAUGGUUGCCGGUGGCCGGCGCCUUUGAGGACCGGAGACACGAGGCCGUGGUGUCAUUUGAGCAGGUGGUGCUGCGCGGCCUACCGCACAUGGCCAAGACGGGAAAGAUCGUCGUCCAAGAUUCAAGUUACGAGCCUAGAUUGAUUCUGUAA